UAAAAAAAUUCAAAGAUAGAAGAUAGAAGCAAGAUUAUGGCGACUAAUUGAACCAUGCAUAUUGGCAAUCUUGACCGUAACUAGUAACCAGUAAGAUGACGGGCAUCAGACGCGUAAUGUAUACAUAAACCAACGGUGAGAAACUCUCUUCACCGAAAAGUAGAAGCCGAGCUCACCUGCAAGAAAGUCCUAGCCAGCCAAGCCAAUGCAAAGGCCAAAGCUAGCUGCCAAUAAUACGGCCACUGCCAUGGCCCAACACAGGCCAAGACAAGCAGUAUCGCAGCUGCUCCUACAAAUCCACCUCGCGAUCACAGCCUGCUCGCUGCUCCCUUCAUCCGCCGGGGCUUACACCGCCGCGGCACCGCCAGUUCCAUGCUUGCCUGAUCAGGCGGCGGCGCUGCUCCGGUUGAAACGAUCCUUCGUCGCCACCGAUUACUCUGCCAUUGCCUUCCGGUCGUGGAGGGCCGGCACGGACUGUUGCCGCUGGACAGGCGUGCGUUGCGGCCACUUUGAUGGCCGCGUGACUUCCCUCGACUUGGGUGACCGAGGUUUGAAGAGCGGAGGCCUCGAGCCUGCGCUUUUCGAUCUGACCUCCCUCAGGUACCUGAACCUCGGUUCUAACGACUUCAAUGGAUCUCAGCUCCCAUUCACCGGGUUUGAGCAGCUCGCUGAACUCACCCAUCUGAACCUUUCGAGUUCAAGCUUUUCUGGCAAGGUGCCAAAUGGCAUUGGACACCUGACAAAUCUCAUAUCCCUUGACCUCUCUACUAGCUUUGAGCUUUCUGAGACACUUCGUUAUAAACCCAUGAUCAGCGCACCCUCAGUGAGUCGCACUGGUGCAGCAUCAUAACCAAGUCCUGUCCUAAACUCCGUGUUCUUAGGUUACCAAAUUGUCAGAUCUCUGGACCCAUUUGUGGUUCAUUGCAUACCUUGCUCUCAUUGGUAGUUAUUGAUCUAC